GCGUUGCGGGCAGCCAAAAUAAAUUUUAGUACUUGUACCUACAGAGCUCCAAUAAUUAUUUUCCACCCUCUUCUUCUCCCGAUUCCCACUCUUGACUUCUUGUAUCUACUUCCUUUUUCGCCUCUCACACACUCGCAACCAAUCGAGCCACCCGCUCUGCACACAUCCAGACACUUGAUCAACGCUUUCGCUACUCGCCCGCACCAUCGUGAGACAUCCCGUUGCGGCGAAACGCCCCUUCCAUUUGCGCCUUCUCCGCCGCCCAAACAAGCACCCCACCUCACAAACGCGCCUCUCGUUCGAGGCUCUACAUUCCAACGCGCACGCGUACUCAGCGACUACAUCCUAUUCUUAGUACAUACUCUCCGCGACAACUUUUCCAAACAUGCCGGUAGUCGCGCCGGAAAAGCUGGUCUCGCUGCAGAAGAGCGCUCAGGGCAUAAGAAACAUCUGCAUUCUCGCGCACGUUGACCAUGGCAAAACAUCGCUCACCGACGCCCUCAUUGCCACGAAUGGCAUCAUAUCGCCCAAGCUCGCCGGCAAGAUCCGCUAUCUAGACUCUAGACCUGACGAACAACUGCGUGGCAUCACCAUGGAAUCCUCUGCUAUAUCUCUUUUCUUCUCUCUGUUGCGCCGGUCAGCUCCUGACCAGCAGCCCGAGCAGAAAGAUUUCUUGAUCAACCUCAUAGAUUCUCCUGGACACAUUGACUUCAGUUACGAAGUUUCCACCGCUUCGCGCUUAUGCGACGGCGCUGUCGUGCUCGUAGAUGCCGUCGAGGGCGUUUGUAGCCAGACUGUCACUGUGCUGCGACAGUCUUGGAUAGAGAAAUUGAAACCGUUGCUUGUCAUUAACAAGAUGGACCGGCUAAUCACAGAACUGAAAUUAAGUCCUGCCGAAGCAUAUACCCACUUAUCCAAAUUACUGGAACAAGUAAAUGCUGUCAUGGGCAGUUUUUACCAAGGAGAACGCAUGGAAGAUGAUCUACGAUGGCGUGAGAAAAUGGAGGAGAGGCUUAAUGCUGCGGCCGAAGAAAAGGCCAAUGCGCCCGUAUCAUCCAUCGCCGAGAACGGUGAGAGCAUCGAUACUACUAACACGCCAGCUGAGUACGAGGAAAAGGAUGACGAGGAUAUCUAUUUCGCCCCCGAGAAAAAUAACGUCAUCUUCAGCAGCGCCAUUGACGGCUGGGCCUUUACCGUAAAGCAAUUCGCUGGAUUAUAUGAGCGCAAGCUCGGCAUCAAGCGAUCCAUUCUAGAAAAAGUCCUGUGGGGCGACUUCUAUCUUGAUACCAAAACCAAGAGAGUGCUUUCAUCCAAGCAUCUCAAAGGUCGCCAUCUCAAGCCAAUGUUUGUCCAGCUCGUCCUCGACAACAUAUGGGCUGUCUACGAAGCCACCACUGGAGGUAAUAAUGGAACUGGAGAUCCAACCAUGGUGGAGAAAAUCACAAAAUCCCUCAACUUGACCAUUCCAGCACAUAUCCUUCGAUCGCGCGAUCCGCGCGCUCUAUUGACUACGCUUUUCGCAUCUUGGCUUCCACUAUCUACAGCUCUGCUUGUCUCAGUCAUUGAGUACCUUCCCUCACCCCCCAAAGCUCAGGCUGAACGUCUGCCUGAGAUUCUCGAUAAUUCACCUGGCGCCGAUGACGUUAGCUCAGAGGUUCGAGCAGCUGUUACCGAGUUCAAGACAUCGCCAGAUGCGCCAGUCGUAGCAUACGUCAGCAAAAUGGUAUCCAUCCCAGAGAGCGAACUACCGGAGAACAAACGUAGAGGUGGAGCAUUGACUGCUGAAGAGGCUCGUGAACUUGGUCGAAAGAAACGCGCAGAGAUAGCGCGUCAACAAGCCGGUGCUAAUGGUGAUAGUUCCGAUAUUGGGUCCAUCACUUCAGCACUCAGUUCAGCAGCAAUUGGCGAAACCGAGACACCAGAGGAAACCGAAGAGACGAAAGCGGAAGCAGAGCAUCUCAUUGGGUUCGCGCGCAUCUAUUCUGGUACGCUCAAUGUGGGUGACGAAGUCUAUGUCUUGGGCCCCAAGUUUACCCCCUCCCGGCCGCACGCGGCUCCUGAGCCACAAAAGGUCAAGGUCACCGCAUUAUACCUAAUGAUGGGCCGAGGCUUGGAGUCCCUUACUUCUGUGCCCGCGGGUGUCGUCUUCGGCAUUGGCGGUCUUGCUGGCCAUGUUCUGAAAUCCGGAACUCUUUGCUCACAACUACCUGGGUCAGUCAACUUGGCUGGUAUCAAUAUGGGUACCCACCCUAUCGUUCGUGUGGCAUUGGAACCCGAAAACCCAUACGAUCUAGAGAAGAUGAUCAAUGGUCUAAAGUUGCUUGUUCAAAGCGAUCCAUGCGCAGAGUAUGAAGUUCUACCAAGUGGCGAACAUGUCAUUCUUACUGCAGGUGAGUUGCACCUAGAGAGGUGUUUGACUGACUUACGAGAACGAUUCGCGAAAUGUGAAAUUCAAGCUGGAGAGCCCAUUGUUCCGUACCGAGAGUCAAUCGUGGCUGCAGAAGAGAUGAGCCCGCCCAAAGAUCCCGAACUACCUCGUGGAACCGUCGUUACUGCUACAGCGAGCAAGCAAGUCUCCCUCCGGCUGAGGGUUCGCCCUCUGCCUCCAAGCGUGACCGAGUUUCUAUCGAAGAAUUCGGGAGCCAUCAAGAGACUGUAUUCAGAGAAGAGAGAUGCAGAGGAGCGGCAAAGGAUUGCAGAAGAUAUACCCGCAGAAUCUUCUGGUGUAGAGCAGGAUGGUAUGGAGGAAGCUGAACAGUUGGAAACCGGACACACGCUAAGUUUGGUCGACUUCAAGAAGGGACUAGAAGACGCUUUCAAGGAAGCCAAAGGCCAGCGAGACAUUUGGGCAGACGUCAUUGAGAAGAUUGCCGCUUUUGGCCCUAGGCGGAUAGGCCCCAACAUUCUCGUUGAUGCUACGGCGGAUAGCAUAUGUGGAAGAGCACUCCGGGAGUCAGCAACGACCGAACAAGAUUCUACCGAACAUACUGCUUCACAAUCCGUGACCGCACACUCUUUCACUGACAAAAUUGUCUAUGCUUUCCAGCUAGCUAUGGCGCAAGGGCCUCUUUGUAGUGAGCCUGUACAAGGUGUAGCUGUCUUCCUGGAAGAAGUCACCAUCGCCAUACCCUCUGCCGAAGAGUCGGCAACAGACCGAAUGGGCCGCCUUAUAGGCGAGGUCAUCAAAACCACACGCUCCGCUAUUCACCAAGGCUUCCUGGACUGGUCUCCCCGCAUACUCCUGGCAAUGUACACGUGCGAAAUUCAAGCUUCAACCGACGUUCUAGGUCGCGUGUACGCCGUGCUCACGCGUCGCCACGGUCAAAUCUUGUCCGAAACAUUAUCUUCCACUUCCUCAGCCAGCACGACGGGCUCACAGACCUUCACCAUCAACGCGCUGCUGCCUGUCGCCGAGUCAUUCGGCUUCUCCGAUGAAAUUCGCAAACGCAGUUCUGGCUCAGCUUCGCCGCAGCUGCGAUUUGCGGGCUUCGAAAUGCUCGAUAUCGAUCCGUUCUGGGUUCCAUUCACUGAAGACGAACUGGAAGAUCUUGGCGAGCUAGCUGACCGCGAAAAUGUGGCCAAGAGGUAUGUGGAUCGUGUGAGGAGGAGAAAGGGAAUGCUGGUGAGGGAGGUGCUCGUAAGGGAUGCAGAGAAGCAAAAGACGUUGAAGCGCUGAGAGGAUUUCUAGAUGCUUGGGUUUACUUAUCGAGCAAGCUCAGAUAGUAGGAAAAAGAACGAUGCAUGCAAAGAAUCACGUAGACAUGAAUACACUGAAGAAACAUACUUUCAAUACUGACACCCAACCUCCCUUCCUCAUCUCAUGCUUCGUUGUGACACCACACGUAUUUAACCACACGGCAACCACGUAACUCAACAUGCCUCAGAUUACACAGACGACUCACAAUCUUCCGAUCUCGCAAACCCCCUUCCCAUUCAAGCAACUUGAUCAACAAAAGUGUCGAUGACUGGGGGGACAGAGUACGAUUUGUGCAGAUUUUAUCACAGCGACACAGUCACACGACAGGAACUUGUGCGCUACUACUGUGUACAACUUUCCCUUUUCCGUGUAAUUUUGCUCUGGGUGUCGAUAACGGGGAGCUUUCCAUGUGCAAAGGGGAAUUUUCCGCUGUAAGCAAUGAAAGUCCGAAGUGUCGGAUCUUGUUUGUCACGUUCUGCAAGGCUUUUGACUAUGUGCGAUGGAGCACAAAUAUCUCCCCUGUCAAUCAUUUGAAAUGCUGGGACCGCAAUACUCCCGAUC